AUCGGAUACUUUCCUUCCUUUUAGAUCUAAUUAACCGACAGUCUGAUGAUACCAGCACUGCACCACAUACAGCCACACCCACCGCCAUCAUCCUCACUUUCACCCCCCUUCCUUCUCUCCUCAGUUUUGACUCGUUUCCUGUGGCCCAUUGUCAGUUGUACUUUCUUUGCUCUCUCUCUCAUACUCGUUUUAACCUCCCCCAUUUCUUGCGUACAUCUCCUUUAGCUCGCUUUUUCUUAUUAAAUCCCAAAACUCAGUCACCGACAUACAAAUUCCAAACUCCCCCCUCUCUCUCUCUCGCCCAAAGUCACGAAAUUUCGUCGCAUUUUGACAUGGGUAUGUGAAGUUUUUGAGUUUGAUUGAGGAUUAUUGGUGUCUUCCAAGGCUUCUUUUGGGUUACCCUUUACAAAGGGGGAUCUGGGUGUGGUAGAACACGGAUGUUAUAUGCAAUUUCUCUCCAAAUCUGUGUCUGGGGUACUAUAAUCUUAUCUGGGUGUCGGUGAUUUCGAAGGUUUCGUGAAGUUAAGCCAAAAGGAUUUUAAUUUGCGCUAAUUUUGGUUGUUUGUCAAUUUCCUGCUCCCAGAGUAGAUACACAUUGAAAGAAUGGUAGCAGGAAAUGGUCCUUUUUACCCAAUUCUUGGUUUUGCAUUAUUUGUGGCUUUCCUUUACAUGUCUUUUGGGGAUUUGAUUUUCAAUUAUCAUAAAGAGCCAGAGAUUGGUUUCGUGGAGAGGAAUGGGACUCAGUUCAUGUUGGACGGAAGAGCCUUCUACAUUAAUGGGUGGAACUCUUACUGGUUAAUGGACCAUGCGGUGGAAGAAUAUAGCAGACCAAGGAUCAGGGCAAUGUUGCAAGCCGGUGCAAAGAUGGGUCUCACCGUGUGCAGAACUUGGGCAUUCAAUGAUGGGGCUUACAAUGCCCUCCAGAUUUCUCCUGGUCAGUUCGAUGAGCGAGUUUUCCGGGCACUGGAUCAUGUCAUUGCAGAAGCUAGACAACAUGGAAUCAGGUUGCUUCUUAGCUUAGUAAAUAACUUGCAAGCAUAUGGUGGGAAAACUCAGUAUGUAAAAUGGGCAUGGGAAGAAGGCAUAGGUUUAAGCGCCUCCAAUGAUUCCUUCUUUUUUGAUCCAAGCAUCCGCAACUAUUUCAAGGAUUACAUCAAGACUGUCCUGACAAGGAGGAACUCCAUUACUGGAAUUGAAUACCGAAAUGAUCACACCAUCUUUGCCUGGGAAUUGAUAAAUGAACCCCGUUGCAUGUCUGAUACUUCAGGCGAUACUCUCCAAGAUUGGCUAGAAGAAAUGUCUGAGUUCGUGAAAUCAAUUGACAAGAACCAUUUACUGACUGUUGGCCUGGAAGGAUUUUAUGGUCCUAAAAGCCCCAAAAGCUUGACCACAAACCCAGAAGCUUGGGCGUCCAGGCUUGGGUCUGAUUUUAUUCGCAACACCAACAUCUCUUACAUUGAUUUUGCCUCUGUUCACAUCUACCCUGACCAUUGGUUUCAUGAGCAAGAAUUAGAAGACAAACUCAAAUAUGUCUCCAAGUGGAUGCUUUCACACAUUGAGGAUGGAGAAAAAGAACUGAAGAAACCAGUCAUGUUCACUGAAUUUGGACUGUCAAACCUGAAUAAGGACUUCCUACCAUCUCAACGAGAUAGGUUUCACAAAACUGUUCUUGAUACCAUCUAUAAAUCUGCAAAGAAAAAUGGGUCAGGGGCAGGUGCUUUGGUCUGGCAGCUCUUUGUUGGGGGAAUGGAAGAAUAUCAUGAUGAUUUUGCUAUUGUUCCAUGGGGAAGGCCGUCAACAUAUAGGCUGCUAACCAAACAAUCAUGCAGGUUGGCUGGAAUCCAGGGAGUGAGUCAACUAGAGGGAUAUUUAAAAGAGUUGUGUUCAAAGAAAGUGUAGAAGUCUGAUUCUCUCAUCAGAAAAAUUGGUUGUUUGUUGGGGGAUGGGGGUGUUAUUUUUGGCUUGUUGAUGAUCAAAGGGUGAGAAGCAGGUCACUGUUUUUUGUACCUUUAUCCUUCUCAUGUCCAUUCACAUUAUAUACUUAAAUAGGUAAGAAGUGUUCUUC